GAGGGAGACACGCAGCAAGUUGAGCUUUGGGUGCAGCGGACUGCAAUGGCAUCCGUGGUGUCUAAUCUCUCGUGGAGUUCUUCGUCUCUGCUGCAGAGCAUUGGUGAAAGAUUGAAUGAAGGCACUAACUUGCCCAACAAUAAGAGGGUCUUUGUGGUUUUUGCUCAAAAGAAGACGAAGAAAACUCGAAAGAUUAUCCUGAAGGAAGACAUUCCUGAUCUUGGAAAGAAAGGGCAACUUCUUGACGUGAGGGCUGGUUUUUUCAGAAAUUAUCUGCUUCCCAUGGGAAAGGCCCAGAUUGUCACUCCUUUGCUGCUCAAGGAAAUGAAGAUGGAGGAGGAAAGAAUUGAGGCUGAGAAAAGACGGGUAAAAGAAGAGGCACAGCAACUUGCUCUUAUUUUUGAAACAGUCGGAGCUUUUAAGGUGAAGCGUAAAGGUGGUAAAGGAAAACAAAUUUUUGGAAGUGUUACAGCUCAAGAUCUUGUUGAUAUAAUCAAGGCACAGCUUCAGAGGGAGGUGGACAAGAAAAUUGUUUCUCUUCCAGAGAUCCGGGAAACAGGAGAGUAUAUUGCAGAGUUAAAGCUACAUCCUGAAGUUACAGCUAGAGUUCGGUUGAACGUUUUUGCUAACUAAGCACAGCCUGUUCUGAAAUUUCGUCUGCUGGUGCAAGCUUCCUGCUUCAGCCUAAGGUAGUUUGUUUGAGUGGAGGAAAAUCUCCUCAGCUAGUUCUUAUUGUGUUAAUUGAAGGUUAUGUUGAGCUGCAGUCCAUGCAAUGAAAAUCGAAAUAUACGUCGGAGUCCAAUAAUUUGUUUAUUGCGGCGUUU